GUCCGCAGUCACACGACCCUCAACGCCAUACCAUCGCCUCGUUGCCUCGCCAUGGCGCGGGCGAACGGACCAUGGCUUCUCAAGACGACGACGACGACCAGCAAGCACCAGAGCAGAGCAAGCUCGCUUGGUAGAGAAUUCCCCGUAGCUCCUCCGCACUCCACAUCAUGGCGUUCUGCGCUGCUCCAUGCGCUGCUGCCACGAGUCACCUCGGCGCACCUCCUGCUCUGCUCUACUGUAUCAGACAGACUCACUCUCCUCUCCCUCCACCAUCACCCUCACCGGGCGUGGGGUUGCCUCGUCGCAGGGCGCUGAAAUCCCACUGCGAGCGAGCGACAGCUGCUCAUAGAAUCGAAACCCCUUAUGCCGACCGCCGUAGGUGUUUCCCAAGGCGUUCCAAGCAAUCGAUAAGUACCGCCGCGCUCUCAAACCCGCCGUUUCGCGAAUCCGCUGACACAUUUACAGCCGCGCACCGCAGUCGUGUAAGACUCUUAGAAUCUGGAGAAUACGAAAAAACUCCGCCUUUAAAGCAGACCUUCCGCGCCGUACGCCCAACCGACGAGGCUUACAAACGGUAGUAGUAGUACUACUAUUGGUCCCGCGCGACUCAUAAUUAGGGCUCACUCGGACGCAGAGUACGUUGACGCGCGAGCCACGCUACUGCUAGUGGCAGUCGUCGUUUCGUCGCGGAGUCGCAGAAUCGCAGAGUCGUCGCAUGAUAAGAGCAGCAGGAAGGAUGAUGACGAGCCGCUUGCAUUCACGCAUUGGAGCACCAGCACCCUCCGCUGCCCAUCUCCGCAUGGCGCUCGUCGUCGUGACCACCGCCCUCAUCGCCGGCGCGCAUUCAGGGCGCUGCUCCCCGUCUCCGCGCUCUUUCUCUUCUGCGCCUUCCCUCUCGCUGCACCUCCCGCGGAGCCUUCACCUCCGCCUUCCCUCCGCCCAGGCAAAAGCUUCCGCCGCCCCCCUCGCCGUCGCGCAAGCCGCCCCUUGCGGAGGCGCUACUGUGGCGACUGACAGUCGCACCGCUGCGAGCCCCGGCGACACGCGCAGUGACGAUGCGCUGGGCACGCUGCGACGUCGCAGGCGACUGGGCGUUCAAGUCGCGGGUUGGAAGCUGUCGCUGGGACAGUACGUGCUGGCGGCGAAUCGCACGCGUCGCAGGGACCCGCUGAACGGGAUGCGCGAGUACGAGGGCGGCUACGACCCCUCCAACCUGCACUACUGGGCCUCCGUGUCGUUCACGGCCAGUUUCGGGCCGCUGAUAGCGGUGCUGUGGCUGCUGCUGGGGCUGGGCUUCAUCGGCGCGUCGUGCCUGUGCUGCUGCUGCUGCCCGCGCCGCUGGGCGCGCGUGAGAGACCCCGACCACUGCCCCUACUCGCGCCGCCACCUCACCCUGCCGCGCAUCUGCCUCGUUAUCGGCACUGUCGUCCUGCUUGGCGGGUUCGCGGUGAUGCUGGCGGGGGGCAUCCUGCUGCAGAAGAACGUGGGCGCAGUGCGCGACCAUGCAGUGGCGCGGCUCACCGAGGUGGUGGGCACGGCGUACAACGUGUCCCAGGCCAUGGCGGGGCUCGUGGACGUGGACGUGGGGGACACCAAGAUGCCCAGUGCUGCGCGGGGCGAGGUGUGGCAGCAUGCGCUGAAGGCGUGGAGCACGGCGCAGGGCAUGGAGAGCUCGUUCACUGGGGACAGGGACGCCGCGGACCGCGCGCUCAAGUACAUGUUCAUGAGUCUGUUCGCCAUGGGAGCGGUCAUCACGGCCCUCUGCUUGGUGGGCGUGGUAUUUGCCUUUCUCAAGCUGGUCAUUGCGUCCAACAUCCUGAUCACCGUCAUCUGGGCAGUGGUUGUGUUCACCUGGUGCCUCACCUCCGUCUUCCUACUCUCCGCCAUACUGGAGGGCGACACAGCAGUGGCAGCGGAUGAGGUGUUUCAUGAUGUGGGCCUGCAGCAGCGGGUGCUGCCAUCGCUGCCCUGCUCCGCCACGCACAGCCUUGCCUCCAUCCGUAACGCCGUGCACGCCUCCUCCGCCCAGGCCUGCAGCCUCAUCAACAACACCGUUGCCGCGCAAUACCCCCAGGUGCUGCAGCAGAUGCCAGGAGGCCCCUACAGCGCUGUCUGUGUGCCGUACGGCCCUGCCCCCUCCUACACUCCCACCCCCUGCCCCGCCAACGCCAUUCCCCUGCAGACCUUCGCUAAUAGUCUGUACAGCCCCGCCAGCAGCGGCAUGUCACCGCAUGUGGUGGAGGACGUCUCAGCGCUCAGCGAGGGCGUUGCCGCACUCAACGACUCCCUCGCCACCAUCCAAGCUGCUGUCAACUGCUCCUACGUCCUCGACUCCCUGCAUUUCGCGGUGGACCAGGGCCGCAGCAUAGAGACGGACCUGCAGCUGCUGUGGAUCGGCUUCCUCGUCCUCUCCCUCGCCUGCAUGCUGCUCGCCCUCGCCAUCCCCGUCUACGUCUACCGAGCCGUGCGCCUAGGCCCGGAGAGGGAUGAGGUGGACGAUGCUGCCGACCCUGACAGUCUGUACAAGGCUGGAGCGAGCAUGCCUCCUGUGCCUACUGCCAUGGCUGCUGAGUCUCCAUUCAUGCCCAGGGUGUACCCUGCUGUCGACCCGCCACGCAGCAACAUGCCUUGUCUGCCGCCUGAGAGGCCAUGCAGCUAUUAUGGGAGUCAGACUUGCGAUGACUCCAGCGAUGCAGGGCGUUCACAUAGUGACGGUGCAAGUGGGUACGCGUCUGGAGACACGUAUAACGAGAGGUUGUCUGGCUCAAAUCAUGGCGUUUACCGUAGUUAGGGUACAUUCUGUCAACUUAUACGGUAUAUUUGUAUGUAGAAGUAAUACGCUAGAUAGGUGUGUGCUCUUAAAGGGUACAACUCCAACCCCAUAUCUCCCUUGUUCUCCCUUGCUUCUAUUC